AUGGCUACAAAAGCGUUAGGCAAACGGCUCUACGAAGAGACAAGAGGGGACAGCCUUGACAACAUUCUAUAUGAUGUCAAGCGUAGAUGCGCCUUAGACCCUCGGGGCCAUAUCCAGACAUCUCCCGUUGGUGUCAAGGUGCUUGAUGACAUGCUGCGCAUCUUCCAUCGACCGCCGGCUCCUCGUCCUGGAGUCCCUGAUCGCCACAAGGUGAUUGAGAUUACAGGCUCGAGAUACGGUUCAGGCUGUGGGAAGACCUCACUGCUCUAUUAUAUCACUGCUGUUGGCAUACUGCCGACCUCGUUCAACGGCGUCCACCUCGGCGGUCAAGACGGGGCCGUCAUAUUUCUGGACUCUGACAACCGCUUUAACGCAGCACGGCUACGCGAUAUAGCCCUAAAUUACGUCCGCGAGAAGAUUCACAAGCAUAACCAACACACUGCUGGGCUGUCUUCGCAUAAGCGGCAGAGAGGGGAUGAUACUGGACUGCGACAGAUGGUAGAAGGCUGCCUGCAACAUGUCCAUGUCUUCAAGCCUACCUCUUCAGAAUCCGUACUGGCAACCCUGCGGUCACUAGAGUCAUACCUCCUCGAUGCAACGAAACAUCGUUCUGCCCAUAAGCGACUCCAUUCUAUAAUGCUAGACAGCACCUCCUCCUUCUACCGCCAGGACAAACGUCAAGCCUUUAUUGACAGCCUUCCGACAGAGGUGCCAAAGUUUCUAUGGGCUGAACCGCCACCUCUUCGUCAGAUAGUACACUCAGCUCGAGGCAUUGUUAGGUGUCUGCGCCAGCUUCAGCAUAGGUUUGCCUGCCCUGUCAUCUACACUGUCACCGGCAGGCUCAGGGGUGACCUGUGGAAACCUCAGCCUGGCGGGUUUGGAGUUCCGAUCGAGUUGCUAUAUGCACGUCCAAAGGUCAUGUCCUUCAUGCACCAUUUACCACACCCAUGGAGAUCGUAUUCUACGGUGCGUCUGGUUGUUCACCGCGACCGAGUGCGUCAGUUCUCGCGAGACUCGAUUAGGGAAGCCAUGCGUCAAGGACGCCAACGCCGAUAUGUGGUUGCGCAGGGGAGAAUUUCGGCGUGGAUUGAUCCCUGGGGUAAAGAGGACUGGCCAUCUUGGAUCUCACCUUCGAUACAGAAGUUAGAAGGGGGAGGGCGGUUUACGUAUUUCGUUCAUAGACGGGGUGUUACAUUAAAACAGUGA